AUGGCCGGCCCGGCCCACCGCGUCCGCCCCGGCCUUGGCCUCCGCCCCGGCCUUGGCCUCCGCUGCGGCCUCCUCUUCCUCCUCGUUGCUCAGGAAGCAGGUGCUACCACACUUCAAGAACUUCAGAAAACUGGUGAAUCCCCAACAUCUGAUCAUUUAUCCCCUCCUACUCCAAACCUUGUUUAUAGUAUUCCCUCACACCACACUGCUCUUCAUUUAGGACAUAGUCCAGACCAUCCUAAAUCUACAGAAACCCAUCAGCCCAAACACCAUUGCAAUGCCACACACAAUUUCAGACCAAUUAACAAACCAAUAGAUAACUCCAAAAACUCUACAACGCAUCAUGAAGCUCCUCCCACUUCUGAACAAAACCCUAGCAAUCAAGGAAAAGACCCAAUUAUCCGGAAUGGACGCUCUGCUGAAUCCGGUAUCACACAUAAAAAACUGUCCAAUGAUAAAUAUCCAACCCCAAAACCCAAGAGCAGAACAACAUGUACUACCCUCAAAACAACUAGAUCGACCCCUGUUCAACACAGCACAUCGGCCCCUGUUCAACACAGCACAUCGGACCAUGUUCAACACAGCACAUCAGCUCAUGAGAAGACCACAAGAGUCCCCGCAAUGCCUACGGACCAUGUUCAACACAGCACAUCAGCCCAUGAGAAGACCACAAGAGUCCCCGCAAUGCCUACGGACCAUGUUCAACACAGCACAUCAGCCCAUGAGAAGACCACAAGAGUCCCCGCAAUGCCUACGGACCAUGUUCAACACAGCACAUCAGCUCAUGAGAAGACCACAAGAGUCCCUGCAAUGCCUACGGACCAUGUUCAACACAGCACAUCGGCCCAUGAGAAGACCACAAGAGUCCCCGCAAUGCCUACGGACCAUGUUCACCACAGCACAUCGGCCCAUGAGAAGACCACAAGAGUCCCCGCAAUGCCUACGGACCAUGUUCAACACAGCACAUCGGCUCAUGAGAAGACCACAAGAGUCCCUGCAAUGCCUACGGACCAUGUUCAACACAGCACAUCGGCCCAUGAGAAGACCACAAGAGUCCCCGCAAUGCCUACGGACCAUGUUCAACACAGCACAUCAGCUCAUGAGAAGACCACAAGAGCGCCUGCCAUGACUACAGACCAUGUUCAACACAGCACAUCAGCUCAUGAGAAGACCACAAGAGUCCCCGCAAUGCCUACGGACCAUGUUCAACACAGCACAUCAGCUCAUGAGAAGACCACAAGAGUCCCCGCAAUGCCUACGGACCAUGUUCAACACAGCACAUCAGCUCAUGAGAAGACCACAAGAGUCCCCGCAAUGCCUACGGACCAUGUUCAACACAGCACAUCUGCCCAUGAGAAGACCACAAGAGCCCCCGCAAUGCCUACGGACCAUCACAGCACAUCGGCCCAUGUUCAACACAGCACAUCGGCUCAUGAGAAGACCACAAGAGCCCCCGCAAUGCCUACGGACCAUGUUCAACACAGCACAUCAGCUCAUGAGAAGACCACAAGAGCCCCCGCAAUGCCUACGGACCAUCACAGCACAUCGGCCCAUGAGAAGACCACAAGAGCCCCCGCAAUGCCUACGGACCAUGUCCAACACAGCACAUCGGCCCAUGUUCAACACAGCACAUCGGCCCAUGAGAAGACCACAAGAGUCCCCGCAAUGCCUACGGACCAUGUUCAACACAGCACAUCGGCCCAUGUUCAGCACAGCACAUCGGCCCAUGUUCAACACAGCACAUCAGCCCAUGUUCAACACAGCACAUCGGCCCAUGUUCAACACAGCACAUCGGCCCAUGUUCAACACAGCACAUCGGCCCAUGUUCAACACAGCACAUCGGCUCAUGUUCAACACAGCACAUCGGCCCAUGAGAAGACCACAAGAGCCCCGGCAGUGCCUACAGACCAUGUCCAAUACAGCACAGCGGCCACAGAGCCAAGCACCGGAGCCUCAGGACAGGCUACAGGGCACACAAAGAAGACCACAUCUACCAGAGGGAGGGCCACACCAACCCCAGCAGAGCCUACAGAAACCCCAGGAAGAACCACAGCUGCCACAGAGACUAGAAGGCCUCCAGUCAAGGUCACAGGAGACAAAUCUAUCAGUUCUUCCACUCCUGGUCCAAAUACAACCGGUCAGGUGCCCACUGGCUUGUCUACCCUCCCCACUUCCAGCGUGAAGCUGAGUUCUAUCAUGUCAGAAGCCCCAGUCAACCAGAGCCAAGCACACCAGAACAAAGAUGGUUCCCAGGGAGGUCUCCAUGUGGGAGAGAUGCAGGACAGUGCUUCAUUCCCCGCGUGGGCCAUCGUUAUUGUGGUCCUGGUGGCUGUGAUUCUCCUCUUGGUGUUCCUUGGCCUGAUCUUUCUGGUCUCCUAUAUGACUCGAACACGCGGUACACUGGUCCACAACCAUGAGGACAAUGACCCAGAGGAGGAUGGGGGCCCCAACUCUUACCCAGUCUACCUGAUGGAGCAGCAGACGCUUGGUGUGGGCCAGAUCCCUUCCCCACGAUGA